UACUCUACUUGCAGAAGGCCUUUUCAAAAUUCCCUCCUAAAAACCUAGUACUCGAUUUUGCGCACUGAACCAGCAUCACUUUUCCAACCCUGAAGCCCUGAUACGAAGAUUUUACUUGCUCUCCUUUUUGGGGAAAACCCUAAAGUUUUCUGGGUUCACCUUGUUAUGAGCUGCCUUCUCGCUUUCGUUCUCAAUCCAGUGGAACUACAGCUCUUUUUCUAGGGCAAAUCCAUGUUUUCGCCUGCUAGCAAGAAGCCCAACUUGGGUUUGCAGAACCAGCGAAGCUCUGGUCAUGGAGGAGCUUCUGGUUCUCGCACGCCUUUGCCUAGGUCUCCUCGCCUCUCUGUUCUAGCCAGGCUGCCUCUUGAUAGCAAAUCAGAGAAGGGAGCGAAUUUGGAUCAAAUCCAGCCUGUAUAUAUUGGAGAAUUUCCACAAUUAGUUCGCAAUGCUCAAGCUAAUUUGCACCAGAAGGGACCUCCAGGCAUAUCAGGUGGUAUGGAUAAGGGAACUUGUUUAUCAUGGAUUUUAUGUGGAAAUCAGCUCUUUAUAUGGAGUCACGUAUCUGGGGUUGCUUCACAAAGAUGUGUUGCGCUUGAAUUGCCUUCUUUUGUUUAUGUUGAUGAAGACCAUGGCGCCAAUUCCAGGCCUGGAGAUGGUUGGAUUCUAUGUGCUAUUGAAUGGGACAGGACGAGUAAAAGCUCUGAGAAGUUGGCUAGAGAGUGCAGUUCUAUUGGGAUUAUCAUCUGCAAUCAAAAAACUCGAGCAUUAUUAUAUUGGCCUAACAUAUACUCUGAAAAUGGAAGGUCUUCAGUUUCUUGGUUUCCUUCUCAUGAUGAAUCUGAAGAAAUGACUCCAUCUCGUGAAGGAAAAGUCAAUCCAAGUCGACGCCCAAAUCAACGAUGGAUUGGAACUAGUGGUUCAAAAGACCCAAGUCCAGUUAACUCCUUGAUUGUUUCACCAGUUCCUGGUUCUACUUGUAAUGAGUGUAUUGCUCUUCUUUGUCAAUCCAAUGGGGAACUAUGGUGUUUCAGAUGCUCCCCUUCCGGAAUUUCUCGAGAAAAAGUUGUUCAGGUAUUUGGUGCUCCAUUUUCACGAGAAAGUGAUUGUGGUGCUCCAGUGAUGAAUAAAAGAUAUUCAAGAUCGCUCACUUGGCGCCAUCAGGUUGUUUCUGGAGAUGAAUCCAACAGGCAAUUUUUCCUACUAACUGAUCAUGAGAUACAGUGCUGGAGUGUUGAUCUUGGGCCUGAGAGGAAGGUUUUGAAAUGGUGGUCUCAUGAAAUUGUUGGAAGUGAUAAUGAUUUGGGUAUAAAGAAAGAUUUGGCAGGUCAAAAACAUGUGUGGCUUUUAGACCUUCAGGUGAGUGAUAAUGGAAAAGAGCUCACUGUUCUGGUUGCAACAUUUUGUAAGGAUAGGGUAAGCAGUUCAAGCUAUACACAGUAUUCGCUUCUGACUAUGCAGUAUAAAUCUAGUGAAAAUAUAUCAAAAGAACAUGGUGGGUCAAGCAACGUAAGGGUUUUGGAGAAAAAAGCUCCUAUUCAAGUGAUACUUCCUAAAGCAAGAGUGGAGGAGGAGGACUUCUUGUUCUCUAUGAGGCUUCGUAUAGGGGGCAGACCUUCAGGAUCAACAAUGGUAUUAUCUGGUGAUGGAAUUGCAACUGUUGCCCAAUACUGGAGAGGAGCUACACGACUCUAUCAAUUUGAUCUUCCUUGGGAUGCAGGAAAAGUUAUUGAUGCUUCAGUUCUUCCUGCUAUGGAUGAUGGAGAAGAAGGUGCUUGGGUUGUGCUUACUGAGAAAGCUGGAGUAUGGGCUAUACCUGAAAAGGCAGUUUUACUUGGUGGGGUUGAGCCACCGGAACGUAGUUUAUCUCGUAAAGGGAGCUCAAAUGAAGGAUCUUCAGAAGAAGAGAAAAGGAGCAUGGCAUUUGGGGGCAAUAUUGCACCAAGAAGAGUUAGCUCUGAGGCUUGGGAUGCAGGUGAUAGACAGAGGCCAGUAUCAAUUAGUAUCUCUCAGAGGAAUGCUCAAGAUGAGGAAGCUGAAGCUUUAGUUGGGCGCCUCUUCCAUGCUUUCCUUUAUUCAGGUCAAGUUGAUGGGGUUCUUGAAAAACUAAAAGUUUCUGGGGCAUUUGAUAAGGAUGGUGAGAAGAAUAUUUUUGCUCGUGCUAGCAAGUCCAUUGUUGAUGCACUCGCAAAGCAUUGGACAACCACCAGAGGGGCGGAGAUUGUAGCCAUGGCGGUUGUCUCAUCCCAACUAUUGGAGAAACAACAAAGGCAUCAGCGAUUCCUUCAUUUUCUAGCUCUGACCAAGUGCCAUGAAGGGCUUUCUUUCAGGCAAAGAGGAUCUUUGCAUGCUAUAAUGGAGCAUGGUGAAAAACUUGCUGCCUUGAUCCAACUGAGGGAAUUGCAAAGUGCAGUUAGCCAGAGUAAGUCAAGCGAAGGUGAUUCCCUUAAUAAUAGUUCCUCUAGUGAAAUCAGUGGUUCUCUAUGGGAGCUGAUCCAGUUAGUCGGUGAGAAAGCUCGAAGGAAUAAUGUGCUGCUGAUGGAUCGAGAAAAUGCUGAAGUAUUUUACAGUAGAGUUUCUGAUCUUGAGGAAUUCUUUUCUUGUAUAUCUCAGCACCUCCCAUAUAUUGUGGGAGGUAAGUCCAUCGUGACACAGAUUCAUAGGACAUGUGAAAUUGCAAAUGCAUGCGCAGCUAUAAUUCGAGCUGCCAUAACUUACAAGAAUGCACAACAAUCGUGGUACCCAUCUUCUGAAGGAAUAACUCCUUGGUACUGUCAAGGUCUUGUGAGAUCUGGGCUCUGGAGCUUAGCUUCCCUAAUUCUUCAGCUUCUAAAGGAAGCAGAGGGAUUAGAUUCUUCUAUGAAAUCAGAGCUAUUUUCUCACCUAGAAGAGCUAGCUGAUUGUUUAUUAGAGGCGUAUGCUGUUUCCAUAGCUGCAAAGAUUGAAAGAGAAGAAGAAUAUAAAGGUCUCCAGGCUGAAUAUUGGACUAGAAGAGACGUGCUACUUGAUUUCAUGUAUCAACAAAUUAAAGAUGUGGUGGCAUCAAGAUGUCAGGGUAUAGAAAGUGGUAGCAAAAUAUCUGAGCAAAAAGAUGCCAUUUUAAAAGAGCUUGUUGGGCCUUUGGUAACCAUCUCAAGGCGGCAUGCAGGCUAUAAAACCCUGUGGACUAUAUGCUGUGAUCUCAAUGACAUGGAGUUUCUACGAAGCCUAAUGUAUGAGAGCAUGGGACUGAAGCAAGGGCGUUUUAGCAAUUAUGUAUUCGAGCAGUGCUAUAAGAAUCACCACUAUGCUAAGCUUCUGAGACUUGGGGAAGAGUUCCAGGAAGAUCUUAGUUCUUUUCUCCUCAGGCACAGGGAUUUGUUGUGGCUACAUGAGAUAUUCCUAGGUCGUUUCUCCUCUGCUGCAGAAUCUCUACAUUCAUUAGCUCUCUCACAGGAUGACGAUUCAGCUGCGGCAACUGAAGAAUAUUCAGACAUUGAGAAGAGGGAUCAAUCUUUGACAGAUCGAAGACGUCUUUUGGAUCUCUCUAAAAUUGCAGCAGCUGCAGGUAGGGAACCAGGGUUUGAGAUGAAAAUAAAGCGAAUUGAAGCUGAUUUGCAUAUUUUGAAGUUGCAGGAAGAGGUCCAAGGCCUGUGUGAUUUUGAGAAAAGGCUACUGAACCCAAAAGAACUGAUCGAAAUAUGCCUCAAGAGUGGGAACCGAGAGCUCAUAUUGCGAGCUUUUGAUGUGUUUGCUUGGACAAGCUCUCCUGUUCGUAAAACCCACAAAACCCUCCUCUCAGAAUGCUGGAUGAGUGCUGCUAGCCAAGAUGACUGGGCCACUACUUAUAAGGCAGCUAUAGCUGAAGGGUGGAGUGAUGAGGAGAACCUGCAACUUGUGAAAAAUACAGUUCUUUUUCAAGCCUCGAAGCGGUGUUAUGGUCCUGAAGCUCAGUCCUAUGACGGGGGAUUUGAGGAAGUGUUGCCUUUGUUGAAAGAGGAUGUUGACUUUAUGAAGAUGAAGGAGCCAGGGUCAUCAGUUGAGGCAAUAAUUAUGCAGCACCCUGAUUUUCCAGAAGCAGGGAAGUUGAUGCUCAUGGCAGUUGUUAUGGGGAAGUUUGGAGGUGGUGAAAAUGAAGAGGAUCUGGCCAUGCAAGAAGAAUGAUAAUGUAUCUCUCUCUCUCUCUCUCUCUCUCUCUCUCUCUCUGCGGGUAAACACAGUUUGGAAGCAGAGUCUCAUGGUUGCAAAAGGUAGCUCCAUCCCAUGCUGCUUUUGAAUCUCUCUCUUCUCUUGUGCCUUUUUGUGUUCUUUUUAGGAGUUAAAUUUAUAAAGUUUGGAAACUUUUAUUCAAUUUACCAAGUACUCGCUUGAGUUAAAUCGUCUGUUUCCACUUUAUGGCUUGUGAACAUUGUUAUAAUGUGUCAGGAUUUUAUUCUUGGUUAGCUUUGUGGUCAUUGAACCCGAGGAGUGGGUGCAAGAAAGAGCUCUCAUACUGUUAUCAUGCUCUGCAACUUUUAUACAUGUGCCAAGGUGGAGGGAUGAGAGGCUAAGUUAGGAGCAAGAAUGAAGAAAUAAAUCAUGGUUUGGCAAUAGUAGGCACCAGGAAAUUGAGCUCUCGGAUUGGUAUAUAUAUGUACUCUCACUCUUCUCUCUCUCUCUCUCUCUCUCACACACACACACUGGUGGCUUUGUCUAUAACUUGAUAAAUCCAAGUUCCUUGUACGAGGUUUGAGGAUCCCAUUUAAUUUUUGUUAUUCAAAGGGAGAAAAAUGAGUCCAGAAAACAAUUGAUUUA